AUGGCCCAUAUGAGUCCAGCCGUCAACCUUGUAUGGGCAGCACUUACAAUUAUGUUCGAAUCUUUUUUAGUCUAUCAUCUCUGGUCCUUUGACCGUUUCAGAUGUCUGAGGUGGAAUGAUGGACUGCGUUCUGGCGCAUUCAAGCGGGUCAUGACGUAUUCUUAUCUAACCAGCAUUCCAUUAAUCACAAUCUAUGCUGUGGGUUUCUCCAUUAUCAAAUAUAGUUAUGGUUUCACUGUUAUUCCUGGGAUGGGUAUCACGCCCACUCCGUACGAGCUUUGGCGUGACAGUGCACAACGCGCAAUCCUCCCUCUGUACCUGUGUUUUUCAGUUGCUUGGGGACUAGAGAUGGUAACACACCUAGAAGAGCUAUGCUUUUGGCUUUUCCUGAUUCACUCUGGCUCUGCGAAACAAGAUUGGUUUCGCAGCCUAUAUUUCAAAACAUGGGCGAUCGGAUCUGUAGUCGCAGUCAUUUGUAUGCCUCUUGUAACGGUUUUCACACGGGGAGACCCCUAUAAGUGCGAGGCUUAUACAUUCUUGGUCGGGAGUCUCGGAAGCUUGUCUUUGACAAUAUGGUUUCUUCCGAUUUUGUGGACAUUCCCCACAUUCAUCGAGAGCUUGAAACAAGCCAAUGUUGAUACGAGUACAAUAAUCAGGCUCAUAAAGUUUCACGAGCUCAACUGUAUCCGAGUCUUCUUCCGCUUUCUCUUCACAGUGCCGUUUGUGAUAUUGGGCAUUGAUGGUGUCAGACCGCACCAGCACAUCAACGAUAAGAUGUACGUGUUAUACCUAUUGGGGAUGAUUGCGGGUAUAGGCUGUGUCGUAUCCUCUGGGAUUACUCUUAUCAUAUUCUUCCCGCGCUCAAUCAAGGGGGAAAUAUCAAAUAGGGAGGCGGCUCGUGAGCUUCGCCGG